CGGCGCGCGCGCUGUCCCGCUGGUGGCGGGUGCGCCGGGCGCGGGGAGAGGUGGCGGCGGGCACCAUGACCGAGAGGCCGCAGUCCCCCGGCGGCGCCGUAUGCCCGGCCGCCUACCCCGACGCCCCCGCGGAAUUCCCCCCGCACCUGCAGGCCGGCGCGAUGCGGCGCCGCUUCUGGGGUGUAUUCAACUGCCUGUGCGCCGGCGCGUUCGGGGCCCUGGCCGCCGCCUCCGCCAAGCUGGCCUUCGGCAGCGAGGUGAACAUGGGCUUCUGCAUCUUGGGAGUCAUUGUGAUGGCGACUACCAAUUCUCUGAUGUGGACAUUCUUUAGCCGGGGCCUCAGUUUCUCCAUGUCUUCAGCCAUUGCAUCAGUCACAGUGACGUUUUCAAACAUCCUCAGCUCGGUGUGCGGACCAGGAAGGAGGAAGAGGAGGGACAGAGAGGCGUUGUUGCAAACUGCAAAGGCCCUAGAACGCCGAUUGUACCCCGACACCCCUCGGGGGUCCUGAGUCGUCUGAGCUGGCAGGGGCACGCGGGGUCCCUGGGAUGAGCCCUCCCCAACCGGCAGGAACACAGCGUCGGCCUACAGAGCCUCUCAGCAGCUGGAUUUCCAGUGGCCCCAUCAGGCGACAGGCUCUCUCCCGCGGGCACCUGUUCAGUGACCCAGAAGGUCCAGCCCAGCAUCUUCGUACCCAUUUUCGUAGCUCAGGGGCUGCACGGAGUGGUGUCCGAAAUCCGCAUCAGGCCUGAGCCCAAGUCCCGUCUGCCACGCCUGAGCUGUGCGGCUGGCCAGUCCGAAGAUUCUCAUCACUGACUUCCUGAAGAAGGAGCACGCCAUUCCUCACCUCACUUUGGCGCUCCAGACCAUCAAACGUGAGGUCCGGCAAGGGCCGGUGUUUCACCGGCGGCCGGUCCGGCCCGGUGCUCGGGGACAGCCUGACCCCGCCCAGGGCGCGGUGCCGCGGAGCCCUGCUCGUGGGGCCUGUCUCCCCGUCUGUCAUGGGGGAAUGAUGUGAGCACGUGAGGACGGAAUGGGGGGCGGCCCUCCAUCCUCAGACGCCCUGGAGGCCUUAGCCAGGAGCAGGGUGUGGCUGGGAGGGGCCGGAGCAGGGAGAGGCGACAGCGGGGCAGGCGGAGAGCCGUCGGGAUGAAUCACGGGGCUGAGGCAGGCUGACACCAUAGCUGGCUGGAGGCAAGCCAGGAGGGGUGAUUAAAAAUACCCCACUUCCGAUGCAAAGAUAAUAGGAAAUGGCUCAUCCGCAGCUCACGGUUAGGUAAAUACAUGUGCGCAAGGACCAUCGGGGAAAGAGACAGAAAAAUCUAUUCGAUCGUGUGACAGGCAGCGGGAUAAUGGGGAUGCUCUUGCUGCUUUAAUGUUGUGUUUGAGUUUUAAAAAUAGAUCUUUACAAGAGGAUAUAUUUUGCCCCUGCCUGGCAGACAGCUCUUUUCGCUCCUUCCCCGAGGGAGGGUGUAGGGUCUCCUCAAAUGUGCGGGUGGAGGCUACCGUCCGGAGAGUCUCCGUUCCCUUUGGCCACGAUGAAAUAAGCACCUACUGUGUGCCGUGCUGGGGGUCCCCUGCUCAGCCCAGAGGACCAGGACCUCAGUGCCCCUGACUUGAGGGGCUGUAUAGUGUCCCUGGGUAUGGGCGCAUUCCUCCCAUAAAUAUUUCCUGAGCACCUAAUAUGUAACCUUGUAUCACUCACUCAGCAAAUACCUGCUGUCUACCUACUGCCUCGGAGCCCCCAGCUCUGGGAACGCAGACGUAAGGCCAAGGCCGUCCAGCUCUCCUACACCUGCCUCUUCUAGUGGAGGGAGCAGGACAUGAGUACAGGGUAAUGUCAGACAAGGACUCGUGCGCCGAAGAGACCGAAGCCCAAGGGUCCCCUGGCGGGAGAGAUAGCAGCAGGUCAGGUGGGGCUGAAUCGGCUGGGGCGGGGGGCCUUCCCUGGGAGACCCCCCAGCCCAGGCAGACCCGAGAGCAGCGGCCCUGGUCGAGGACGCAGCGAGCGCAAGGGCCCCCAGGGAGGCAACGCCGGCCACCCAGUGGUGUCCUCUGGGGACCAGAGACCUGGUCAUUCCCGGGAGAUGUGAGGGGAGGGUGGGCGGGCUGGAGACACCUCCCCGAGGGCCCUAUGCAGGCAGCAGAAGGGGUUGGAUUUGAUCCCAGGAGCAACAGGGAGUCCCCGGAGGUCAGAACAUAACCUAAUCAAUGGUUUUCUUUUUUAAGAUUUUAUUUAUUUUAUUAUUCUUUAAAAAAGAUUUUAUUUAUUUAACAGAGAGAGACACAGCGAGAGAGGGAACACAAGCAGGGGGAGUGGGAGAGGGAGAAGCAGGCUUUCCGCGGAGCAGGGAGCCCGAUGCGGGGCUCAAUCCCAGGACCCUGGGAUCAUGACCUGAGCCGAAGGCAGACGCUUAAUGACUGAGCCACCCAGGCACCCCCUAAGAUUUUAUUUUUAAGUAACCUCUACACCCCAUGUGGGCUCGAACUCACACCCCUGAGAUCAAGAGUCACAUGCUCUGCCAACUGAGCCGGCCAGAUGCUCCGAACCAAUGAUUUUAAAAAGGGCCUCCGAGGGGCCCCUGGGUGACUCAGUCAGUUAAGCUUUCUGCCUACUGCUCAGGUCAUGAUCCCAGGGUCCUGGGGUCGAGCCCCGUGUAGGGCUCCCCGCUCUGUGGGGAGUCUGCUUCUCCCUCUCCCUCUGCCCCUCUGACCCUACCCACCCCCACUCAUGCUCUCUCUCUCAAAUAAAUAAACAAAACCUUAAGAAAUAAAAAAAUAAACCAAAAGGGUCUCCGAGAGCUGGCAGGGACUGCAGUGACGUCACCCAGGGCGGAGGCCGCAGGCUUCUGGUAACCUAAUCUCAGAAGUGAGAUCGCAGCACUUUUCCUGCACUGUUUUUUAGAAGCGAGUCACCAGGUCUGGCCGGCCCUCUAGGAGAGGGGGUUCCACAAGGCAGGAGGUAGGUGUCACUGGGGCCCAUCCGAGAGGCUGCCCCGCACACCUGAAGAGGAAUUUGCUUUGUUCCACAGGAACUAGAAUCUCCUAUUGUGAUUUUUGCAAGUGUGCGUAUCCCUGGGGCUCAGCAUUCCUCUACCUUCCCUUCCCCGAAUUGCUCUAUAGUCAGCAUGGGUCCCGAGGGCGCAAGCACGAACAGGCUGGGACCAUGAGGCGGGACAGGAGGACACCUGCAGCCCAGAGCAGAGAGGAGGGGGGGCCCAGAGUUAAGAUGGUGUGUGCGUCCCUCUUUAGCCAGACCCUUCGCCUGUCUCUCUUGUAGAUAUUUGCAUUCCUUCUGGCCGCUUGAGAGCGUAGGGGUGGUCUUUGCUCCUUUUUUUUUUUUUUUAAAGAUUUUAUUUAUUUAUUUGAGAGAGACACAGAGCACGAGUGAGGGGGAGGAGCAGAGGGCGAUGGAGAAGCAGGCUUCCCGCCGAGCAGGGAGCCCGAUGCGGGGCUCGAUCCCAGCACUCUGGGAUCAUGACCCGAGCCGAAGGCAGACGCUUAACCGACUGAGCCACCCAGGCACCCCAGCCUUUGUUCCCUCUGAUUGAAGAGGUGGCAAGUGUCGUCCAGCCACACCAACUGAGAGGUCGCUAGAGGCCCAGGCCACACUGUCUUUUGAGACUCCUUGUAAAUUAAAACCCAACAACCUCCAAAACAGGCUUCGGAAUUCAUGGCAUAUUGUAAAACCCCAAUUUAAGGAACUGAGAGCUUUGAUAUUCAGGAAACAGGAGGGAGUGUGACCCUGCUUUCCCCCAGGCCUGAUGGAGUUUGCAAACGUUCGUGUGCCGGCCAGGAGGGGGCGGCAUGUGGUUCAGAGAUAUGUGACAAGUGUCAUCUUUAUCCCACACCUGCCUGUAUAGCCUUUUUUAGAGAUUACAUCAAAAAUCUAAAUUAGGGCCCUUUGCUCAUUUAUUUUUACAUGAUUUAUAUAGCACUUACUAUGCGUCAAGCACUGUUGUAAUGCUUUAAAAGAGGACCUUAAUGGGGGCGCCUGGGUGGCUCAGUCGGUUAAGCAUCUGCCUUCGGCUCAGGUCAUGAUCCCAGGGAUCGAGCCCCUCAUUGGGCUCCCUGCUCAGCGGGGAAUCUGCCCCUCCUUCUCCAUCUGCCUCUCCCCCAGCUCAUGAACUCUCUCACUCUCUCUCUCGCAAAAAAAUAAACAAGCAAACAAACAAAUAAAUAAAAUCUUAAAAAAAAAGAAAGAAAGAAAGAAAGAGGAACUUAAUGGCUUUGCCCUUUCUCUGGUUUCAAUAAAGUGGAAGGAUUGUCCAGCCAGGGCUCAUCGGAGGUUGAGAGAGAUGCAGGCCACUCCCAGUUUCAAAACAGAAGAUGCCCAACAGGCAUUAAGAUGUCAUCUGCAAAACAACCCCAAAGGGAGGUAGGUGUUGUAAUGAUCCCCACUUCACAGAGGAGGAAACUGAGGCAGACAGGUGGGCAUCCGUCCCAGGCCACAUGUGGGUAUGUGCACUGGCCCUUCUGGGCACCCUGCCCGUCCAGACAGGCCGUGGCCCCCAUGUGUUCUGCAAUGCUCUGGGGGGUGGGGGGCUUUGGGGAGGGUGUGGACAGGCUGCGCUGGGCUGCCAACACCUCGUUCCCCUGGGGGUGGCACGGACGCCCACCCCCUACAUGUGUGUCAGACGAACGUGCAGGACAAGCGUGGUGCACUCGCCUGGAAUUGGGUCAGGGAGCUCCCAGAGGGUCAUGGCCUAUGCCUGUGGACGGGGAGAGGCCCCCCAGUCGCUGCUCGCCCCGCCUGGCAUCAUUCCUGUGCCCGAGAGCAUGGGGCACCCAGCAUGCAGCGAGACCGUCUAUGAUUCAGAGCAUGACAUGAGAAGAACCUCCGAAUGGACAUCCAGCUGCGUGAGAUGCGCGAGACCAGAGACCCUGUCUGGCAGGACCCUGUGCCCCCCUCGCCCAGGAAUUUUCUAGCACAAGCCCAGUCUCCAGACCUUCCCUGGCCCCUAGGCUCCACUUUGGGGAUUCUCCAACCUUCCAGAGACUGAUCCAAGUCGUAAGCAGGUGCCCACUGUUCCUGACUUUCAGUAUUUUUCAAAACAAGAUACCGGAAGAAGCUUGAAGUGGCCCCGGGUCCUCUGCACCCGAAUCAGCCGCAGGUGUGUGUAAAUGCAGAGUCCUGGGCUGGCGCCCUGGCCCUUUGGGGCAUCUGCAUUUUGGUAAGGGCCACGUGCCUGCCUGUGCAGGAAGGCCUCAUGGGGAACCGCCGGGGAUGGGGCCCUCGGCCGGUUUGUGAAUUUGCUGGAUCUUCACUUCCGUCUCCUCCACUCCAGCCCUGUUGUCGCCAAGCAAGCACCGUGUACCCCAGCACCCCUCCGUCCUCCCCACCCACUACUCCCCAGGAAUGAAGCUGCCUUUGGGGCCCUGGGGGCCUCCACCCCAGGGCACAGAAGGAUCAGGUCAGCCAAGGGGAUUUUGACUUGGACCAGCCCAGGAGAAGGAGCGUUUUAAACAAGGGUGCCCCUUCCUGGCCUUUGGAGUAAUGAAGACACCCCAAGGGUCACCCCCUUGAAGCGUCCCGCCUUGCCCACCACCUCAUCUCACCAGCGCUGGUGGCCCCCGCGGGCACUAGGCCGGGGGGCUGUACAGGAACCCACCCCGAGACCCCCCAGGCCUGGAGACGGGCUCUGGCAGGAACACAGGCUGCCGCAGGGUAAAGGCUGGCCCAGCUCUGGAGGGACGGCUUCUCAUGCUCAGCAGUCCUGGGCAGGUGCAGGGGAGGGAGACCCCAUGGCCAGCAGCUCCCGCUCCCUUGAGCAGGGGGUCUGUUCGGGGGGUGGGGAGGUCAUCUUCCUGGGAGGAGGCACUUCCUCGUGCCAACUGAGAGCCCUGCUUUGUGAACUGAAGCUCUUCCUUCUUGUUCUGCCCUCCAGAGACUUGCUCAAAUGAUCAAUACGCUUUUAAUUAAACUCCAACUGCUUCGAGAGGACUGUGUGGUCCCCCGGGUCAUUUUUUUUUCUUUCUUCGAACAAGCUUCUUCCGGUAUCUUGUGCUGGGGAUCACGUGGGCCCUUGGGGAGCCAUCUGAUCCUCUGAA